AUGGUUUCUUCUCAUCCGAGUGUGGCCUUUUAUCAGGGUGAGAUUCCCGUUAAAGUUGUGAUUCCCUGUGAUACUCAAGCGGCUUCUUUUUCUAGCCAACUCCGCGCUCCAGGGAAUGCCGAGAAGCGGGAUGCAUCCGCUCCCGACAUUGUGAGGAGCCAGAGCCUUGGCGUUUUCGAGCUCCACCAAAUGCUACUCCCGCCCUCCAACGUCGGUGAGCUCGGCGAGGUUGCAGAGGAGCGCUACGCGCAAAAUCUCGCCACCGAGGACGGCCUGGAGUUGCUGCGUUGGAAUUGGGAGCUCCUGCUGGCCCUUUUGUUUCCUUGCUUGCCCGAGUGGGAUCCGGUGCCGGUACUGCCGCAUACCGAUUCAGAAGUAUUGGAACAGAAAGAAGUCGUUUCUCAAGAAACGAGUCUUCCCACGGGUGAUCCCAAGGCGAGGACCGCGCCUGCACUUUCCUCUUCGAAUAAUAUUUCAAUACCCCCCCUGACAUCGGCCGACGCGUGCCAGAUGACACCCAUCACCGAUGCCGACCUCGUCAGUCUUCGGGAGCCAGGAAUGCUAGAUCGUAUCUACUAUAGCUAUAUCGUGUUUCUUCGUUUCUUCGGUUGGAGAGUGCAUGAUGAAAGGCGUGGGUUAUUAGACCGUCAUCGUGGCUGGCGAAGACGGUAUGAGUUAUUAUACCCUUUGGAAGCGUCGCUGCCGCAUGAGGGCAGCGCCACGGAUACGAGGUGUGGUAGCGCGGAUUGCUCUAUGAAUCCAAUCACCGAAGUUCUGAACACGGGUUCGGGGUUUAGUGGAUCAUCCAUGCCUCAAGAGUUGGGCGGCGAUCCUGACGACGGUGAUCAUCUGGCUUCGGGUGCUCCGGAAUCACCUCACAGGUUAUUGGAAUACGGUCGCUUCAACUUUUAUAGUGACGCCAUCCCUCAUAUACUUCAGUGCUUUCUCGGGUUAGGAUUUUUUACCUUCUCAGUUCGCUUGAUAGAGUUCAUAAUUGAGGAGAUGGCUGCGGGAAGGAUCGAGUUUCUUUAUGACUUAGUUGAAAAGAAAGCACUUCCGGCACUCGAGUCCUGUACGACGAUAGAUGCGAGCUAUAUCAAGUGUCUAAAGAAAAAGUUCCGAAACCUAACACAAAGUGACUCGGAUUGA